AUGAUGCUCGUGUGUUCCAGUGCGACGCCUUGCGAUCAGACUCGACGUUUCAAGCGUCACUGUUUGUUUUUCUUUCUCGUUGUCUCUCUAACAUUCAUGCAAGGUAUUUUACUAGCCAAUGUUACCACAGGGUUAAGCCUUGCGGAACGAACAGUUUCUGCCACCUUGACUACCUCCUUAUGCUUGAUUUUGCUAUUUCUCAAUGGGAUCAUGUUAUUCACUUUGAGUAACAAAUGUAUGUUUCAGGAGACAUCGCGCUACAUCCUGCUGUAUAACCUGUUGCUCGGAGACACGCUGCAACUGGUCGUCUCUCAACUGAUGUAUUGUUUGACCUCCUUUCGCAUCACCCUCACGUAUCCUGCGUGCGGUGUACUGGUCCUUCUCACUAAUCUCUUCAGUAGGAUUUCUCCUUUGGUGCUGGUCGCUAUGUCGCUGGAGAGAUAUGUGGCUGUGUGCCACCCUCUCAGACACGCCUCCAUCAUGACCAGAGGGAACACAGUGAGGGCCAUGCUUGGAAUGUGGAUCGUGUGUUUUAUAAUUCUUCUGAUUCAAGACCUAUUAAUUUUGAAGUUUCCUUUUGAACAGCUGGAGAGUCUCCAAAUGACACAGCCAUGCCAUUCCAUCGCUAUGUCCCUCCUGCCAUUGACUGAAAUGUUCGACAAUACCUACUCUGUUUUGGUGUUCUUCGUUGCAGGCCUGGCCAACAUUUCCAGCUACGUUGGCAUAGUCAUAGCAGCCAGAUCGGCAGCCACGGACGAAGUCUCAGCGCAGAAAGCAAAAAGCACAUUGCUGCUGCACCUGGUGCAGCUAAGCCUCAGCCUUUUGUCUGUGAUCUACCCCAACAUCCUCAUAGUUCUCUCAACUUUGUUGAACUGGGUAGUUUUUAACCAAAUACAGAUCUUUCUGUUUGUGUGCUUUUUCUUACUGCCCAGAUCUCUGAGUUCACUCGUCUAUGGGAUGAGAGAUCAAAGCCUCAGAAUUGAACUCUAUCUAUUCUGCUGUCGCGCCAAAGGGCCGGUCAAAGCUGUUGUGUCCUGA